CGGCUGUUCCGGCGGCAGCGGCGGCUCGGCGGCGUCCUCGGCGGCGGCCGCCUCGGCUGCGGCCCUCCCGCCGGUGAAGAAGCCGAAGAUGGAGCAGAUCCAGGCCGACCACGAGCUCUUCCUUCAGGCCUUCGAGAAACCAACACAGAUAUAUAGAUUUCUACGUACCCGCAAUCUCAUAGCUCCAAUAUUCUUGCACAGAACUCUGACUUACAUGUCCCAUAGAAACUCCCGAACAAAUAUCAAAAGGAAAACAUUCAAAGUAGAUGAGAUGUUGACGAAGGUAGAGAAAAUGAAGGGAGAGCAUGAUUUGCAAAGUUUGUCCGCUCAUCUGCAACUCACCUUUACUGGUUUCUUCCAUAAAAAUGAUAAGCCAUUGCAAAACUCGGAAAAUGAACAAAAUUCUGUAACUCUAGAAGUACUACUUGUAAAAGUUUGCCACAAGAAACGAAAGGAUGUUAGUUGUCCCAUAAGGCAAGUUCCUACUGGUAAAAAGCAAGUACCUUUGAAUCCAGACCUCAACCAAAUGAAACCAGGCAGCUUUCCAUCACUUGCAGUUUCCAGCAAUGAGUUUGAACCCAGUAAUAGCCAUAUGGUGAAGUCUUAUUCAUUAUUAUUCAGAGUAACUCGUCCAGGAAGGAGAGAAUUUAAUGGAAUGAUUAAUGGUGAAACUAAUGAAAACAUUGAUGUUAAUGAGGAUCUUCCAGCUAGACGAAAACGUAAUUCUUCCAAUCGUGAAGAUGGAGAAAAGACUUUUGUAGCACAAAUGACUGUAUUUGAUAAAAACAGACGACUUCAGCUUCUUGAUGGAGAAUAUGAAGUUGCCAUGCAAGAAAUGGAAGAGUGUCCCGUUAGUAAGAAGAGAGCAACAUGGGAGACGAUACUUGAUGGAAAGAGGCUGCCUCCGUUUGAAACAUUUUCUCAGGGACCAACGCUCCAGUUUACCCUUCGAUGGACAGGGGAUGCCAGUGAUAAACCCACAGCUCCUAUUGCCAAGCCCCUUGCAACGCGGAAUUCAGAAAGUCUCCCUCAAGAAAACAAGCCCAGUUCUGUUAAACCUGCUCAGACGAUAGCUGUGAAGGAGUCCUUGCCAUCAGAUCUGCAAACAAGAAAAGAAAGAGAUGUUUCGAAUGAGCCACGGCAGAAACUGAGAAUAUUUUAUCAGUUCCUUUACAACAACAACACAAGGCAGCAGACUGAAGCUAGAGAUGACUUGCAUUGCCCGUGGUGUACAUUGAACUGCCGCAAGCUUUACAGCCUACUCAAACAUCUGAAGCUUUGUCAUAGCAGGUUUAUUUUCAAUUAUGUAUAUCAUCCAAAAGGUGCUAGGAUAGAUGUUUCUAUCAACGAAUGCUACGAUGGCUCCUACGCAGGGAAUCCUCAGGAUAUUCAUCGUCAGCCUGGGUUUGCCUUCAGUCGUAAUGGGCCAGUCAAGCGUACUCCCAUUACGCAUAUUCUUGUGUGCCGACCAAAGCGUACAAAAGCCAGCAUGUCAGAAUUUCUUGAAUCUGAAGAUGGAGAAGUAGAACAGCAAAGAACAUACAGCAGUGGACACAAUCGGUUAUACUUCCACAGUGAUACAUGCUUACCUCUCCGUCCACAAGAAAUGGAAGUUGAUAGUGAAGAUGAAAAGGACCCUGAGUGGCUAAGGGAAAAAACUAUCACGCAAAUUGAAGAGUUUUCUGAUGUUAAUGAAGGAGAAAAAGAAGUAAUGAAAUUAUGGAAUCUUCAUGUUAUGAAGCACGGGUUUAUUGCUGACAAUCAAAUGAAUCAUGCCUGCAUGCUGUUUGUUGAAAAUUAUGGACACACAAUAAUUAAGAAGAAUUUAUGUCGAAACUUCAUGCUGCAUCUGGUCAGCAUGCAUGACUUCAAUCUUAUCAGCAUAAUGUCAAUAGACAAAGCUGUUACUAAGCUUCGAGAAAUGCAACAGAAGUUAGAAAAAGGAGAAUCUGCUGCUACCACAACAAUUGAGGAGCUUUGUGAAGAGCAAACUGGGACAACUAAUGGCUGCAUUGAAAUUAAUAUUAGGGAGAAAGCUUCAGAAAUUGAUAAUACCUCAUGCAUGACUAAACAGAGUAGAAAACAGAAAAUCUGAAGG